AAAUUAAAAUGAGCCUAAUGUUGUGUGAGCCGCGGGACAUGAUGCGUUUCAUGUGGCACAAGGAGGACAACCUGCUCCUCCUUCUCAUUCUGUCUCCGUGAGAGCACCAUGUUGGUUCCCUCUUUAAGAACUAACAGCCGGGACCUGCCCUUUAAUUCCGCCUGCUCCUCUGCCAUGUAUCCACCGUCGGCGUAACACAACAGCGGGACCCUUCAGCCUCCACAUCCAGCGCCGCGUAAGCACAGCGAGUGUCCGCUCCCUCCUUGCCAUGCCCCGGGUCACCUCGCUGCUGCCCGCCCUGCUGUUCGUUCUCCUGCCGGGCCCGAGCCGGGGGUACUUCCCCGAGGAGCGCUGGAGCCCCGAGUCCCCGCUCCUCGCCCCCCGGGUCGUCAUCGCGCUGGUGUGCCGCAACUCGGCGCACUCCCUGCCGCUGUUCCUCGGUGCCAUCGAGCGCCUCAACUACCCGAAGGACCGCAUUGCGCUAUGGGUGGCGACAGAUCACAACAUAGACAACACCACAGCCAUCCUGAGAGACUGGCUCAUCAAGGUGCAGAAUUACUAUCACUAUGUGGAGUGGAGACCUGAAGAUGAACCCAGUGCCUUUGAGGAUGAGGUGGGGCCUAAGCACUGGAAUAAUCUCCGUUAUGAACAUGUGAUGAAACUCCGUCAGGCCGGGCUGGACAGCGCCCGUGAGAUCUGGGCCGACUACUUGCUGGUUGCUGACUGUGACAACCUGCUAACCAAUCAGGAUGUGUUGUGGAAACUGAUGAUGGAGAACAAGACCAUUGUGGCUCCCAUGUUGGAGUCCAGAGCUGCCUACUCCAACUUCUGGUGCGGCAUGACUUCCCAGGGUUACUACAAGCGCACACCGGCCUACAUGCCGAUCCGUAAGCAGGAGCGUCGUGGCUGUUUCGAUGUGCCCAUGGUCCACUCUACCUACCUGGUGGACCUCCGGAAAGAGGCCUCCCGUCAGCUGGCGUUUUACCCACCGCACCCGGAGUACAACUGGGCCCUGGAUGAUGUCAUCGUCUUUGCCUACUCAGCUCGCAUGGCGGAUGUGCAGAUGUAUGUGUGCAACAAAGAAACAUAUGGGUACUUCCCGGUGCCGGUGCGCUCCCUUGCGACCCUGCAGGACGAGACGGAGAGCUUCUUGCACACGCAGCUCGAGGUCAUGGUGAAAAAUCCUCCACUGGAGCACUCCAGAUUCUUGUCUCCUCCUCCCAAGCAGCCUAACAAGAUGGGCUUUGAUGAGGUGUUCAUGAUAAAUCUGGUGCAGAGAUCUGACCGUCGUGAGCGCAUGCUAAGAACUCUGUAUGAGCAGGAGCUCAGCUGUAAGGUUGUCGCUGCUGUGGAUGGCAAAGCUCUGAACAUGUCGGAGAUCGAGUCUAUGGGGAUUAAGAUGCUUCCAGGCUAUAAAGACCCUUAUCAUGGUCGACCUCUCACCAAGGGUGAACUGGGUUGUUUCCUCUCUCACUACAACGUCUGGAAUGAGAUCGUGGACCGUGGCCUGCAGACUUCACUGGUCAUCGAGGACGACCUCCGCUUCGAGGUCUUCUUCAAACGUCGUCUCCAGUCUCUCCUGCAGGAGGUGACGACACACAAGCUGGACUGGGAUCUCAUUUACAUCGGACGGAAGCGCAUGCAGGUGGCCCAUUCGGAGAAGCCUGUACCUAACAUACACAAUCUGGUGGAGGCGGACUACUCCUACUGGACGCUUGGCUACCUGUUGUCACUACAAGGAGCUCAGAAGCUCCUAAUGGCCGAUCCUCUGACCAAGAUGCUCCCCGUCGAUGAGUUCCUCCCUGUCAUGUAUGACAAACAUCCAGUUUCAGAGUACAUGAGACACUUUGAGAUUCGGGACCUGCACGCCUUUUCUGCCGAGCCUCUCCUGGUCUAUCCGACCCACUACACUGGAGACCCUGGCUACAUCAGCGACACGGAAACUUCUGUGGUUUGGGACAACGAAACGGUCACAACUGACUGGGAUCGAGCCAAGUCGAGGAAAACUCAGGAGCAGGAGGAGCUGAGCUUCGAGGCCCAGAACUCUGACGUGCUGCAGUCAGAACUGGAGAACUGGAGCACAAGGGACGAGCUGUGAAUUGUGGUGGGGGGGGG